AUGGCACCCUACACCAUGUUUCACUCACACAAUAAUAAUACAUCCGCCACUCCUAGAUGGCUGACCACCGAAGGAAUAGCAACUACGCUGGUCGGUAUAUUCGACCACGGAUCUUUUCGACUAUCUCGACGAGAUGAUCCGUAUCAUAGAAACCUCGUCACAUAUAUCAUUGUUGGAGCUGUCGUCUUUUUGUUUCUUUUAGCUAUCCCGGCGUUCGGUGUAUGUCGCCGGAAGAGUCGUUGGGGGAACGCGCAACGGGGCAUUCCUUCUAGUGCAUCCGCUGAAGUCAAUAACCGGCCCAUGACUACUCCUACACAGCCCACCCCUGAGAGUUGGGAGCAAGAGCUCCGUGAUUGGAGAGAUAUGCAUUGGGCUACGCAGGCGGGAACUUCAGACCAUUUUAUCGUUCCUCCAAGUUCAACCUAUCCUAGUAAAAGGAGGUUACCUGUCUACCACGAUGGGGAGAACGACGAUCAGGUGUUUGUUGUUGGUAGUAUGGACGACGAUGAGCACCAUGAGGGACCUAGGAGUCCCAUGGUGAUUGGUAUUUCCACAGCAACGGCUAUGCCAAUAAAAAAUGUAAGUGGUAGUCAAAAGUCUAUUGAUUUAGGCUCGGCUAAGGGUAAGGAAUCUGACGAUUCUUCCACGUCGAGUUUACAAGAUGACUCUAACAAGGGCACUACUGGAUAUUGGGACAGCAUAGUUGAUGAUGUGGUAAAGAAGGACUAA